AUGGGCAAGCCCGAUCCCGAGUCAACCAUCACCCUUCUCUCCAUGAUCUGGCCCCCGGCCAAGGAUGGCGACCUUUUCGGCCCGGACUGCCCGUUCACCGUCGACAGCUUUCUCGAGCUUGAAGCCCAAAAGCUGAACACGGCUUUCGACUCGGUACCUCAAAUGAAAGGUGCUCUACGCCUCGUGCAGCAUUUGCACAAGCACAACGUACCAAUCUGCAUUGCUACCACCAGCACGCGCAAGAGCUUUGAGAAGAAAACCGCUCCCCAUCCGGAGCUGUUUGGUUUGUUUGGCGAUCGAAUCAUUUGCGGAGACGACAUAAGGCUGGCAAGAGGAAAGCCUGCUCCAGACAUCUUCCUCCUUGCCGCGAGGGAAGGCCUCUUUGCAGACGCGUCCUAUGAAGCGGCGACGAAGAGGCUUCUUGGCAAUCACUGGGUCGAGGGCUUCAGAGAUCUUGGACCCAGUAUGGAUGGGCCGCAGCAUUGGAGAGGAGGCGAGACGAAUGUAGUAGUGCUCGAGGACGGCAAGCCUGGUGUUCAUGCUGCCAAGGCUGCGGGUAUGCAUGUGGUCUGGGUGCCGGACCCGAACGUUCAGGCUCUGUUCCCAAACAACGAGAUAGGUGCCUCACAGACGAUCAGCUCAUUGCUUGACUUUGACCCUGCUAGUUGGGGCCUCCCUCCAUUUGAAGAUGCUGAAUAG